AUGUUCUUAACCGUGGUCGCUACACUCAUCAUCACGCCUUUCAUGUUCGUCGCUGACCCACUCUCGACACGACUUUCUGAAUUCAGUAACUGUCUGAAUAAUGAUGUCAUUUCCUCUCUCUUAUCAAUACCUCUCUGGCCAACUCUACUCUCCAUGACGCUGAAGAAACGUGACCGUUUAGAAACUCGAUACCGUCGCAUUCACAUGAUUCACGAACCAGACCUUAUAGAAGACUUUGAAGGUAACGAUAGGCCGAAACGAGUGAAGUAUUUUAUGUGGACCUGUGGUCUUGUGGUUCUCGAAAAUGCUGAUAUCUGUGCACGUGCAUUGUCAAGGCGAGAAGAAAAACAAUAA